CAGACUUAUACGCAAAGUACUUCUGUCCCCACUAACCUUCCCACACAACAAUUUUUACAAAACAAGAUAACAAACAGGAUAUAAAAGUGAUGCAGAAACCGCUCCGCAUUACGGAACCGAAAUUUCCCAAAGUUUCUCAGCCCUCUCCCGUGGCAUUCGAAGAAAUAAAGCUGAUAUAUCAACUACAAAAAAUCUCAAAAUUUCCACUUCUUCCAUCCACCUUCGAGUCAUAGAAAUUCUCUAAUAAAAACACUUAUUAUGGGAAUCGGCGACCGCAACAAAUUCCCUCAAAAUGACAGCACCUAACUUGACUUAACGCGAAACGGGUGAAACUAGUUCUGCACAAGGAAACUUCUUCACUCGAGGCGUUUUAUAUGUUUUUGUAAAAUCUGCAGCAACAAAGAAAGACAUCAUGGAAUCUCAUGAAAACGAGGAAUUCGUCUCCUUUCCCCUUUCCACUGUGCAUGACGGAAUUCAGCAAAAUAUGAUUUCCCACGAGGAAAUUUGCGAACCAGUGGAAGAGUGUGUUCUCGAAGAUGAUUUAGCCGAAGUGACAGUCAGCGACGUCGCCUCCAGCAUUACAGAAGCCCAUGUGGCUGUGAAAAUUUUGAACGACGGGAGAUCCGACGAGGAUGAUGACGGUACCGUCAUUUACCCGGUUUAUAUAAAGGAGGAACAUCAAUAUACAUCCGGGGAUGAUGAGUCGAUGGCUGUCGAGGCUCUGCGGCAACUGGGAGGAAUGUAUCCUUGUUUUGACGAUAAAAAAGUCAACUGUCCAAACUGUGCGCUCUUGUUUACUCAGUCAGAGUUUGCAAACCAUCAUGCGACUUGUCCUCCGGAGAAAUUCACCUGCAGCACUUGUGGGGAGAAGUUUGAGAAGAAGAUUGACCUGGUGAAUCACACUGUUUGUCAUCAGGUUGAUCGACCGCAUGCCUGCAGGACUUGUGGGAAUUUGUUCAAGUCGAAGUCACUCUUGCAGGCUCACACCUCGGAAGUUCAUCAGGUUGAAAAGCCUCACAAGUGUGCAAUUUGCGGAGCAGAUUUUCAGAGGCCUUCGAGUCUCUCGAAUCAUAUGAAGAUUCAUACUUAUGUUGCCGGAAGGGCGAUUAUGCAGGCUCAGGGUAAUAAUUCUACGCAGAGUGCUGAGAGUUUUAGGAAGUGGCCGGAGAAUAAUAUUAAUGAUGCGCAAAAUGUGUCAGUGGCAUCGUCUUCGGUGCAGAUUAUUCAGAAUUAUGAUGUUUCCCAGGUACAGUGGUCUGUACCGGCUUAUAAUUUUCAUGGCGAGGAAGCUGCGGUCAACUCACUUGGAAGUCAGGAUAAAAUGGACCCUAUGCAGGAAUUUGCAGUGAUGCCAAAUGGCGAAGUAGCUCAAUUCGAAUACAUGCCCCAAAAUGCAAUCUCGAAUCAAAUCGGACAGUACAAUUUAACACUAAAUUCCUUUUCAAAUUCGGAAAUGGUGAAAGUUGAAACCCUGCAUCGAAGCAACUACAUCGAAGUGGAGGUAACCGAAAAUAAAGGACACACCUGUAGUCAGUGUGGUGUCAGUUUUAGUCGGGCGAACGCUCUGGCUUCUCACGAAAAGAUUCACGAGGUGAAAAACUGGGCCGCGCCGAUUGAGUGCGAGUAUUGUGACAAACAAUUUCAGGAUGGAAACCACUUGGCGACGCACCAGCAGACUUGUGCUAAGAGGAUGAUGCAGAGCAACCUCGAACAGGGGAUUCCUAAUAACAAGUGGGGCAAACAUGCCUGUUCAGAGUGCGGGAAGAAAUUCACCACCAAGCAGAAAAUGUACAGGCAUCAGUGGAUCCACAGAAAGAAAACGCAUUCUUGUGAAGUUUGCGGAUCGCAAUUUGAAAAGCAGAAUCAGCUGGACGAGCACAGACUGGCUGCCCAUCCUGGAGAUUCUCCCUUCACUUGUAACGAGUGCGGCAAGAGUUUCGUCUCUCGACAAGGUCUCUGGGAACAUGGCAGGAUGCACGCUGGAAGUCCUGCACACUUUCAGUGCGAUGCUUGUUCCAAAACCUUUUCUUCUCGCCAGGGCUACUUAAUUCACCAUCGCACGCACACCGGCGAACGACCCUACGGUUGCAAAUUCUGCUGGAAAUCUUUCCGCGACGGUGGAACGCUGCGAAAACACGAGCGCAUUCAUACGGGCGAGAGGCCACACGUCUGUCCUCUGUGUUCAAGAGCCUUCAACCAGAAAGUGGUUUUGCGCGAGCACGUGCGAUGGGUUCACGCCGCCGGGAAAAAUGAUUCCGGUCUCACCGGACCACCCUUUCCUUGUCCAAUUUGCGGGGCGAUAAAUCAAGAUCGGGACGAACUUUGUGCGCACAUUGUCAAGCAUUCGGAUCAGAUGAUUGCCGAGGCCAAGGCGAAAACCAACAACAAUGCUCCGAAGGUGAAACCGGCGAAGAAGAAGGCAAAAGCUGGAUCGACUUCGCAGGAAAAAAUGCAGGAUGAAAGUUUGAUUUCGAGUUUGGAGCAAAACGAGGCUUUGCUGUCGAUAACCGACUCGUCGAUGACGUUGACCGAUACGUCGACGAAGUCGGAAGAUAUGCAGAUUGUGGAGGGACAGGGUGAGGGCCAGUUCAAUGAAGAGGAUAGCGAUAUAGUUUCGGAACAGGGUAACAGUCAAUCGGCCGAGCAGGCUUCGGCAAAAUUAGACAGUAAUCUUCAAGCCAUGGCCACCACAAUCACGAGAAAGAAUCAGGUUGGCACGGUGCAUUUAAUUCCCUAUUCUCGGGCCAAUGAAACUUUGCACAUUCUCUCUGAUAAGCAGAAUAAUACUCUGCACUUGAUAUCGAAGCAAAACGAAAGUUCGCCCGUUUUGGCGAUUCCAAAUCCGCAGGGUAAUGAGAAUUUUUCGAGCCAAAUUGCACAUAUUACUAAUUCGGAUUUGCCGAUGAAUAUGGUGACGCAUUCGCCGAAAGCAGAUGGAGUUUUUAAAUCCGAGGUGGAUGAUCAAGUUUUGAUGCAUGAUGAUCAUAUGAAAAAUAAUAUUCAUCAUGUUCAGUAUAAUAGUGAUGAUGGUGAGGAAUUGGUUUGUGGAAUUUGCGGGGAGGAUUUUAAUGAUAAAAAUGUACUCAUGGAACACGUGAAGACUCACAUUUAAUUCGGUGUUUACUGUCAAAGUAUUUGUGAUAUUUGUAAUUUUAAAGGGACUCUUAUGUUAUUGAUAAGGGAAGCUUGACAGAUUCGAGAUUUUAAAUUCAGGACGUAUUUGGGUAAACUAAAUUGUAUCUAAAAGGAAAAACGUAAGUUUCGAAAUUUUUUUCGAAGUAAAUAUGUUAUUUCAAUGUGAAUGACUUGAUAUGUUGUUUUUUUAAAUUGAAUGACAAGGAGACCAUGUUUUUCUGCGACAGGAAGACUUAAGAAGAGAAUUUAUAAUUAAAUUCCUAAGUGUGAUCAUUAUAAAUGUAGUACUGGAUUAUUAUUAUUAUUAUUAUAUUUAGUUGUUACUCAAAUCUUAAACAUUUGUUGAGAGUUGUUGAAUUUUUCCACUUUGAUAUGUUAUGUCUCAAAAUCACUGAAGUAUUUCAAUGUCGAAAUAUAGGUGCUGUUGUGUUAAUGUAAUGUUUUUUUCCUCGAUCUACUAUAGAAUUACAUAUAUUUAAUUAUGUCAGGUAUUUGAAAGAAAUUAAUGGGCAUUUCUGGAUAUUUCCCAAUUAUUUCGAAAAAUUAAAAAUAAUUUGACUAGAAACUAAGCUCAGUUUAAAAAAGUAGCAACAGAUAAUGAACCUAAAGAAAUUUUCGUUACGUUCCAUUUUGUUUCUUUCAACAUAAAACUUUGAAGAAGAAAAAAGAAUUUUUAAAUUUGACCUCCGUAGCCGCGUCAUUUUUUAGUAAUUUUUCGUACUUAGCAUAUUUUUCUAGGUAAAUUAUGUUGAAUUUACGGAAAUAAUUGGCAAAUAUCUGAAAGUGCCCCUUAAUUUCGUUCGAAUCCCGGAAUUAUGUACUGUAUCCGAAAUUUUUAUUUCACUUAACUGUGUUAAGGAAAACUCAUAAAAUAAGAUUUGUAUAUUGUACGAAAGUAGAAUAUAAAUGUAUUAAAAGAAAACAUAUCGAAAGUAAAGAAAUUACUUUCGAAAA